AUGGCCAGCUCCAUGGACUACGCCUUCCCAGCUGGAGAUGAAAGCGACGCCAGUAAUGACGAGUGGGACAUUGGGUGUAUUCCGGAUAAAAAAUCUUCUGGCAUCGAGGAACGUGAUGCACCUGUACCACAUGCAACAGGCAGCGUGUCAAUGUUGAAACAAGCCAUCAGUAAAGGAGACAUUGCCACUGUUGAACAGCUGCUGGACAAUGGUAUGGAUGUGGAGACCAGAGUUGGGUUUGAAUGGACUCCUCUGAUGGCUGCUGUCAGUGUUGCUAACUACGACUUGGCCAAACUGCUACUGGACAGAGGAGCCAGUGCCAGUUUCAGCAAAGAUCACUUCACAGUGCUCAUGGCCAGCUGCACGGCGUCUGCCAGCGAAGACAAAAUUGCACGUUGUGUGGAGCUUCUGCUGUCCAGAAAUGCUGAUCCCAACAUGGUGGACAGGUCUCAGAUGACCUGCUUGAUACUGGCAGCCAGGGAUGGCUACAGUAAGAUCAUCAACAUACUGGUGUCCCACAGGGCAGAUAUCAACGCUCAGGAUAGCAACGGAUACACAGCUUUGUCUGUAGCAGUACAGUAUGGCAGAGAGGAGGCAGUGCUAAAGCUCCUGCAGCUUGGAGCAGACAAAACCAUAAGGACAAAGGCCAGCAAGAGCCCUGCCGACCUGGCUGAGAUUUUCAAACACACACAGAUAGCCAGGAUCCUGGCAUCUUCAUCUCAUAUUUCUACUACCAAGUUCUUAAAGUCUAACUCUGAAACUCCACCUUCCAAGGAAAGUGUAACGAAGCUUUUUGACCUGGAGCUUCUCUUACACGGCCUUGAUCUUGGCUACCUCAUGGACGUCAUGACUGAAAAUGACAUCACCUGGAGCUACCUGUUGACCAUGGAGAAGGAGGACCUUGAGAAGAUUGGUAUCACAGACCCAGAGGACCAGCAGAAGUUGUUGAGUGCUGUGCAGCAGAUGCACCCGGACGAAGUAGACACAUUCAGCCUGCUGGAAGCCGCAGACAGUGGCAGUGAGGAGCUGCAAAACUUCAUGAUAAGUGUGAGUCAGCAGUGCUGCUACCUGACGGAAAUGAUUCAGGACGCCAUCAGCCGUUUCCCCCGGCAGCCUUCUCAGUUGGUCUUCUCAUUGGACCCAAACAAAGACGCUCAGGGCAUCUGCAACCAGCUAGUGCUCCAGAAUAAGGACCUGCAGAAAGAAAUCAUCUGCCUCCGCAAUCUGCUAUGUCAGGUGGAUAAAGAUGGAGAUUGCAGUCAGCUUCCUCAACCCUGUUCCCACAACAACAGGAGGAUGUGGUCCCGGACCAGGGUUUUUCUGAGUGCACUUGGAGUCACCUUCCUGCUGCUUCUCUACAAAACUGCCCCGGGCAAGGUUUACCUGCACUUGAGCAGGAAUGUCUUCUCAUGA